ACCGCGAGCGCCCGCGGGCUGGCGGGGCGCGCUGGGAUCAUGCCGGCGGCCCUGCGCGGGGCAGGGGGCGGCUCCUACGAGCGCCUCCCUCCGCUCAGCCAGAAGAAAUGCAGUCCUGAAGAAAAUGCUUCCUUCUUCAGUAAGAUAACAUAUUCCUGGUACAGCAGAAUAAUAACUUUAGGCUACAAGAAACCAUUGGAAAGAGAGGACCUGUUUGAAUUGAAUGAAAGUGACUCUCCGUAUACUGUAUGUCCUAACUUUGAAAAGCGUUGGAGGAAGGAACUCUUAAAGGCAACAAAAGGAUUAAAGGCUCCUUGUGACAAAGGGGUGAUAUCAGAGAAAGCAAGUUUCCAGAAACCAUCUCUGCUUUACCCUCUAUGGCAAACAUUUAGAUUUUUAUUGAUUAAAGUUGCCAUUCUGAAAGUUGCAGCUGAUAUUCUGGCCUUCAUGAGUCCACAGAUAAUGAAGGAAAUGAUAAUUUUGUUUGAAAAUCACUCUGAUUUACACUGGAAGGGAUACGGCUAUGCCACUGCUCUUCUUGUCGUGGUUGUCUUGCAGACACUUGUCCAUCAGUUAUACCAGCGUUUCAAUAUGCUCACCGCUGUCAAAAUUAAGACUGCUGCUGUUGGCCUGCUAUACAAAAAGGCUUUAAGCUUAGCUAAUUCUUCACGGAGAAAAUAUACAACUGGUGAAAUUGUUAAUUUGAUGUCAGCAGAUGCCCAACAACUUAUGGAACUGACUGUAAACCUCAACCUUCUAUGGUCAGCACCUUUUCAGAUCCUGAUGGCUAUAGUCUUUCUCUGGCAAGAACUGGGCCCAUCAGUGCUAGCAGGUGUUGCAGUGCUCGUUUUGGUUAUACCUAUAAAUGCUUUUGUUGCUGCAAAAGUAAAACAGCUGAGGAAAAGCCAAAUGAAGAAUACAGAUCAACGAGUUAAGCUACUAAAUGAAAUCUUGCAUGGAAUAAAGAUUCUUAAACUUUAUGCAUGGGAACCUUCAUAUCAGAAGAAGGUUGUGGAAAUUCGAGAACAUGAAAUAGAUGUUCUGAAGUCUUCUGGGUACCUGACAACUUUCUCCAUGCUAACUUUAACCUGUAUUCCUUUUAUGGUCUCAUUGGCUACAUUUGGAGUCUAUUUUCUGCUGGAUGAAGAGAAUGUCCUAACUGCAACUAAAGUUUUUACAUCUAUCUCUUUGUUUAAUAUUUUGCGACUGCCUUUGUUUGAUUUGCCAACAGUGAUCUCUGCCGUAGCCCAGACAAAGGUUUCUCUGAGUCGUUUAGAGGAUUUUUUAUAUUCUGAAGACCUUAACCCUCAAGACGUUGACACAAACUACAGUGGAAAUCAUGCUGUGGGAUUUAUUGGUGCUUCUUUCCGAUGGGAGAAGACUGGACCUUCAGUCUUAAAUAAUUUGAACAUGAAGAUCCCGGAAGGCUCUUUAGUUGCUGUUGUGGGGCAGGUUGGAUCUGGAAAAUCAUCUCUCCUUUCUGCUAUUCUUGGAGAAAUGAACAAGUUUGAAGGAACAGUCCAAAGAAAAGGUUCAGUGGCUUAUGUUUCCCAGCAGGCCUGGAUUCAGAAUUCCAUUUUGCAAGAAAAUAUUAUUUUUGGAUCAGGUCUGAACAGGCCAUAUUAUGAGAGGGUUUUGGAGGCCUGUGCUCUACUACCAGAUUUGGAGCAGUUACCAAAUGGGGAUCAAACAGAGAUUGGAGAAAGGGGAGUGAAUAUAAGUGUGGGGCAGAAGCAGAGAGUGAAUCUGGCUAGAGCUGUUUACAGUAAUGCUGACCUAUAUCUUCUGGAUGACCCCUUGUCUGCUGUAGAUGUACAUGUUGGAAAGCAUCUUUUCGAGAAGCUGAUUGGGCCCUCGGGGCUCUUAAAAAACAAGACGCGUAUUUUAGUGACCCAUAACCUGACACUCCUGCCUCAGACAGAUGUUAUAAUUGUAAUGGAAUACGGCAGGAUAGCACAUAUGGGGACCUACCAAGAGCUGCUCUCAGAAAGAGCUAACUUUGCUGAUCUGCUUCAAGUCUUCAGUGCAGAAAAUAAAAGUGAAGAGACACCUCAAAUGAAAAUGUCUUCUUUAAAGAAAGAGAGUCAAAAAGGCAAUACUCUGCCUCAAAAAGAGCUCCUGAGGCAUAAAGACAGUUCUUCCUUUGAAGAAACCAAAGCAUUCUCAAUGAAGAAAGAAAAUGUUACUACUGGCAGCAUGACAAUGUCAGUUAUUUUGAAAUACCUGCAAGCAUUUGGCUGGAUAUGGGUAUGGCUAACCCUAGCAGCUUAUUUAGGACAAAAUGCAGUAGCUGUAGGACAAAAUCUGUGGCUUAGCACCUGGUCAGCAGAAGAAGAAAAAAAUAAGGAUUACACAGAGUGGAAACACUUAAGAAACAAUAAACUUGGUGUCUAUGGGCUUUUGGGAUUCAUACAAGGUCUUCUGGUCUGCUAUGGUGCAUAUGUGCUUACUCGGGGAUCCCUCUGUGCUUCUCGGACAUUGCAUAAUCACAUGUUAGCCAGCGUGCUGCACCUUCCCCUCCAGUACUUUGAAACUAAUCCAGUAGGUCAGAUCAUCAAUAGAUUCACAAAGGACGUGUUUAUCAUUGAUCUGCGCUUCCAUUACUACUUACGGACCUGGUUAAACUGUACACUAGAUGUUAUUGGAACCAUUCUAGUAAUCAUGUCUGCUUCACCUCUCUUCAUACUGGUAGUUAUUCCCCUUGGAUACCUGUAUUUUAUUAUCCAACGAUACUACAUAGCUAGUUCACGACAAAUCCGACGAUUAGCUGGAGCAUCACACUCUCCUGUGAUCUCCCACUUCAGUGAAACUCUCUUAGGACUGUCUACAAUCCGAGCAUUUGGACACCAAGAAAGAUUCAUUAGACAAAACAAAGAUGUGGUGAAUGAGAACUUGGUUUGCUUCUACAACAAUGUUAUCUCAAACAGGUGGUUGGCUGUCAGGCUUGAGUUUCUAGGAAACCUGAUGGUUUUCUUUGCUGCCUUGUUUGCAGUGCUGGCUGGAAAUACAAUGAAUUCCUCUACAGUGGGUUUAUCCAUAUCAUAUGCACUGAAUAUAACUCAAAGUUUGAAUUUUUGGGUGCGUAAAGCAUGCGAAAUUGAAACGAAUGGAGUUUCCAUUGAAAGAGUCUGUGAAUAUGAAAAAAUGGACAAAGAGGCCCCCUGGAUAAUGUCUAAAAGGCCCCCGAUGGGAUGGCCCAAUAAAGGGAUAAUAGAGUUCAUUAAUUACCAAGCUCGGUAUAGAACAGAUCUUGGUUUGGCCCUACAGGAUGUCUCCUUCCAAACACACAGUAAAGAGAAGGUUGGAAUCGUAGGAAGAACAGGAGCUGGUAAAUCAACACUCACGAAUUGCUUAUUUAGAAUUAUAGAAAGAGCUGGAGGAAAAAUAAUUAUAGAUGGAAUUGAUAUAUCAACUAUUGGACUACAUGAUCUACGUGGCAAUCUUAACAUUAUUCCACAGGACCCUGUCUUGUUCUCUGGGACCCUCCAAUCUAACUUGGAUCCCUUUGGAAAAUAUUCUGAUCAUGAGCUGUGGGAGGCAGUGGAGUUGUGUAACUUAAAGAAUUUUGUCCAGUCACUCCCAAAGAAACUCCUUCAUGAGAUUUCAGAAGGUGGUGAAAACCUCAGUGUUGGGCAGAGGCAGCUUGUGUGUCUUGCCCGGGCUUUGCUACGGAAGACAAAAAUUCUAAUCUUAGAUGAGGCAACAGCCUCUGUUGACAUGGAAACCGAUAACCUAGUGCAGUUCACCAUCCGGAGGGAGUUUCACAACUGCACAGUAUUAACUAUAGCCCACAGGUUGCAUACUAUCAUGGAUUCUGAAAGAGUGCUUGUUCUGGGAUCUGGAAGAAUUAUAGAAUUUGAUACCCCACAUAAUUUAUUACUUCAGCAAGGAGUUUUUUCAAAAAUGGUUUCUGAGGCUGGGAUAACACAAGAUACAAACUCAUGAACUUAUUUUUGUGAAGACAAGAAUGCUGUUUUUUCUGAACUCGAAUGCAGGAAAUGCUCCAGGGAUGUGUGGUUAAUUGUAUCCUUGACAUUAUAAAAUGAUCACACAGUUUAGGGGAAUUGGGUAGUUUUAACAUUACAAACUUCUUACAUGUGGUAGGAUAAAAGCUGAUGGUUGCUACUGUUAUGUUCUGUAUUGCACACUCUUCAAUCUUCUUUAAAAUAUUUUAUAUACAUUUUUCACUAGAACAAAAAAACGUAAAGCCUUGUUUUCAUAGCAUACAGUGACUUUUGCUUUAAUAAAUGAUCUGGAGACUACAUAAAUGCUUGUGAGCCACACGAGUUAACACUCCAGAACCUUCAGCACUUGUUUUGGUUGAAUCGGUUUGUAUGAUUUAAAUUAUUUAGUGAAUAAUGCUGAUUUAACCAGUAUCCUCUAUUAUAAAUAAUGAGCUGGUGAAAAUUCAUUCAAGAAUUGUCUUUUUAUGAACAUGGGAGGCUCAGUGCUGACUUGAGUCUGUACAUGAAUGUUUUUUAAAUUCUUGAGGGUAUAUUCAGUUGCUUUUUUUAAAUGGCCUUUGAAAACCCUAAAAUAAAUAACAAGUUCAACGAUUAGUACUUAUUUUUGUCUACUUAACUGAGCAUUCUCAAGUCACAUUGUGACAGAAUUCUUAAAGGAAAAUCCCUCUGGGAAAUAUUCACUUUAAAGCAUAUCUGUACAAGCUAUUCUUGCACUAGUCAUGGCAAUAGAACCCUCUUUUCAUAUUUAAUGGGAAUGCUAACAAAGCAUUUUCUUCUGUAUAUAAAGUACUGUAAGUUAUGGUUCUAAUUUGUUGGCUUGUUUGUGGUUAAACUGGGUGAAAAGAUACAGGGAAGAGAAGAAAGUUUCCUUGAGAAUAUACAAUGCGUACAAAUGAUACACAAGAAAAAGUGAAAUGGUGUUUUGCACUAAUUCAAACAUUCAUGAGGCAGAUACAGUUCUACUCUGAGAAGUCAUUAAACUUUCCCCAUAAGAACCUAUGCACACAUUUGAGGUAUCUAAGCUGUGGAAGCAGGGUACCUGUAUCUUAUGAUGCACCAUCUCCUACAUGCCUUAUUCUCUUGAGAGGUAUGCUGGUGCUACACCAAACUAACCUCUGUCCAAAGCUGUACUCUUUAAGGUCUAUAGUACUGCCCGAGGAACUACUUUUACAAAGUUCCUUGAUUUUCUUCUCAGGCCUGAUUAGGCUUUGGGCCCCAGCCCAGCUUCAUUACUGUAGCAUAAAUGCUGUAGGAGGUCAAGUAGCGCUGAACACUCUGCCUCCUGGUAAUCAAACUGAGGUGGGCACUCUCUUAUAGCCGCCAUACUAGGAAUAGCAGAGAAGAGGGAUCAGUACUUCCCGUUGGAGAUCCACCAGUAGAACAGCAAUUCUAGUCAUGUUGGCACAGUCAUCAGCUUGACUGGUUUGGUGGUAGCUUGGGCCUCGCUCAGAAAAAAGGAUAAGUGAAGGAUCCAGGCAUUCUCUGCUACUUUUAAUUUAGCUCAAAAGGUACAAUAUUGUCCCUGACAAUAACAGCCAGCUGUAAGUAAUACAGUUCCCUAAAAUAUACUAAUAAACUAGAGCUUGCACCAAACUAUUGAUUAGGAUAGAGUAGCUAGAGUGAAGCUAAAUUAAUUUUGGCAGAGAUUAGACUUCUACAAGUUGUAGGCCCAUGUCAUAAACAGAUAGUUAAGGGUUAAGGUCUCUUUUACCUGUAAAGGGUUAACAUGCAGUACCUGAUGACCACCUGACCAGAGGACCAAUCAGAGACAAGAUAAUUUCAAAUCUCUGUGGA